AUGCUCCCUUUCACAACCCCGCGGAAUCUCCACGUUUGGUCACGCCCAGAAACGCCACUUAUCCGAGGAAGAAUGGCUAAAUACCGAACACUGGAGCAGGCAAAGAACACCGAACCCUGUCGAGCCAGAUUGAAACUUGACUUGACUGGUACGGAGUUUCCGAUCUGGGUUCUGGCGUCCCACCCCAGGCCCGAUGCCCUCGACCUCAUCUUGCCCAUCUUCGCUACCCCAGAUAUGGGCUGGAGCGGAGACUUGUUGCUACCGACCGGGCCCUGCGAUCUUGAGGUUCCGUUUCCAAUGAAGAAAAAGUUAAAGCUCGCCAGAUGGCCUCUCGACAGCUUCCACGUUGCCAGCCAAAGAGCAUUGUCUUUGAUUAUGGCCAACGAGGCAUCGGCAGAGGCGGCUGCCUCGCCUACGGCCGAAAAAGUUGUAGGCUACACACCUCCUCCUGCGGAAAAGCCCUCCGACACUCGACGACGAAGCUACAUUGUCUGGUCGUAUUGGCUGAUUGUCGUGUUCCUGGGCCUCCCCAUAUGGUGGCAGACCACGGCCAUACACCGCGCACACCUGCCACUGGAUGGCAUGAUGCGAUGGGCAGAUGGAAAGGCUUGCCGACCCGUCUUUCCGCUCCAGAUUGAGAUUCGCGCUGAUGCGCUGCAAGAACCAGAGGCGCAACACCUCGUGCGUCUGACGCAGCACGCCCUCGACGACCUCAACGAAUUUUCUGGCCAUCACCUGCGCCUGCAGCUGGCCCCGAAAGACGCGGCGCCCGGCGCCCGCGACGAUCCCGAGCCCGCCCUAACCAUCAACUGCCGACCCGGUGACGCCGCCACGUCCUCGCUUAGCCAGGAGCGUCCGUUCCUCGACAUCACGUAUCCGCCCGGCGCCGCACCGCAGCUCAGCUCGGCGGCGUCGCCGCUCGCGACUCUCAUCACUAACGAGCUCCGGUCGACGUUUGCCGAGGAGCAGUCCAUCAUCGCGUACCUCUUGUCGACAUCGUCCAUGGCCGCGGGCAGCCGCCCCCCUAGCUUGACCCCCGAGACGGCCGAGGCGCUGUCGAAGCGCACCACGCGGUCGCUGCGCUACUCGCCGACCUACCACCUGACGUUUUCGCUCUUUACCGACCGCGGGCUGCCAAACGCGUGGGACAUUGAGGGCGCCCUGGAAGAGUACAUAAAGCCCAUGCUCGAGGUGCUCAAGCCCAUUCAUAACUUUACGAUUGAUACCCAGGUCCAGCUCUACGCGACGCCGGGCGACCAGUCAGAGGUGCUCAGCAAAGAGAGCCUUUCGUCCUUUAUAAAUGCGGCCGAGUGGCCCUUGUCUCCUUCGAUUGGCGGCGCGCCUACCGUCAACUUUUUGCUUUACGUUGGCAACCAGACCAUACGCCUCGACGACGGCUCCGAUACAUCGCAGUCCUGGAUGAUUCCUCAAUGGGGCACCGUAUACCUUUUGCCUCUUCCCAAGAACGAGGCGCACAUUCCCCUGGCCACGCUAAAGCAACCCAUGCUCACCUUUGGUGGUCAUCUGCUAUCUCUCCUCGGCGCCCCCGUAUCGGGCUCUCUGCCGCUGCGCCUUUCCUCGCUGACGCGCAUCCGGUCCACUGAUUUGCUACUCCGCGCGUCGUCGUCGCUCGGAUCCCUGGCACGCCUGACGGAGAAGCUGCCGUCCAUUGCUAUUCCCCAGAGCGUCGCCGAUGGCGUCGAGACGACGCUGCAUCACCUGGAGCAGGCGUGUGCCAACCUGGGCGGCGUCGAGGGCCUGACGCACGCGCGCAUCGCGGAGCAGGAAGUCGAGCGGGCCUUUUUCGAAAAGAGCAUGGUCGGACAGCUUUACUUUCCGGAUGAGCAUAAAAUCGCAGUGUAUCUGCCCCUGCUGGGACCAAUGUCGGUACCGCUAAUCUCGGGGUUAAUCACGGAGCUGAAGAAUUGGAUUGCGAGACGUAAGAAGAAGGCUGAAGAAGCCAAAGAGAAGAAGGCACAAUAG